AGAAGAAGAAGCAGCAGCAGCAGCAGCAGCAGCGUGUUUGGGAUUAAGCUCCGAACUUCAACCGAAACUUUCUUUAAACCACCGGAACCAGCUUUUUCCUGCGGCACGGAACCGGGACUCUUCAGCGCGACUCGAGAAACCAGUUCCAAGAGUCCAGAGGAGACCAGUCUAUCAACAUGGACGCCCAGCAAGGAGCUCAGGGACUCUCUGGUGGACAUGUACCGAGCUAAUCCCAGCGUAAACGUGGAGCUGCGACAGCGUCUGCCCUCCUCUGCCAGACAGCAACUCAGCAGCACUGACAGAUCAGGUACCAGUGUGAUCCUGAACCACACUGAGUGGCCUCAGGCUCCUCAGGAGCUGCAGGAGCCUCUGAGCUCCUGCUCCCCCUCCCUUCAGUCCCACAGGAAACCUGUCGUUCCGGCGUCCUCCGGGACUUCAGGGGGCGCAGUGGAGAUGGAGAUGGACCUUUCCCCCGGCAGAGGCCCUUCUCCUCGGGCAGAGGUCUGCAGAGACAGCCAUGAUGGAGGGGGAGCAACCAGAGGUGCUGGAAGUCCCGCCCUCAGAAGACACCUAAUCGCUGCUGAUGAAAGGUCAGACGGGGGUCAGACAGAGGUCAGACGGAGGUCAGACGGAGGUCAGACGGAGGUCAGACGGGGGUCAGACGGGGGUCAGACGGGGGUCAGACCUGGUGGAUGUAACACAGAGCAUUUUCAUCAGGACGUCUCGUCCGGUCCAGUUCAGAGUUUUGACCGAGACAAAAACAUCUCGUUUCUUCUGACGGAGCUUGAUGCACUGAGAGAAAUCAACAAGAAGCUGCAGCAGCAGCUGGUUCAGAAGGAGAAGGAGCUGCAGAGGAAGGAGGUGGAGGAGGAUCUGAGGGAGGAGCAGAGGGAGGCUCGUGGCUGGGAGAGACCUGCAGCGGUGUUGGAGGAGGUGUUGGCGGCUCAGAAAGACAGAGAUCAGGCUCUUAUGUCACGACUGCUGCUGGCCAAUGAGGAGAGAGACGAGGCUCUGCUUCAUGCACGUCAGCUGCGGCGUGCUGCAGAGUUGGAGGAUUUUAACCUGGACGACACUGACACGGACGUGGAUCAGCUCCUUCAGAGCGUCUGUGACGCCGACUCCAUGCAGGAGGUCGAGCGCUUCGGCUCGGCUCUGGUUCAGCAUCUGAGGUCGGCACAGCAACGACGAAACCACAUCACUGCUCAGGAGAUGAAGGCUGUGAUGGAGGAGAGAGACAGCUCUGUCGCCAAGUGUAAACGCCUGGAGCAGGAUCUGAUUCAGGAGAGAGAGCAGAGGGCGACCAAGGAGGAGGUGCUGAGGCUUCAGACCGAGACAGACCGGGCUCUGGAUGACAGACGGCGGCUGGAGGCGGAGCUACAGGCACUACGAGCCAAUCACAGCUCUCAGGACCCCCCUCCCUCAGUGCCCAGUGACGCCGCCUCUCCGGUGAGAACAUUGGAAGCCGCUCCCUUUCAGGCUCCGCCUCAUCAGGCUCCGCCUCAUCAGGCCCCGCCCCUGCUGGUCCAGCUGCAACAGCUGUCAAAGGAGAAGCAGAGCGUGGAGGCGGAGCUUCAGCGCUGUCAGGAGGCAGAGCGAGAGGCCAGCGAGAGAGUGCGCAGGUUGGAGCGUCUGGUCGAAGUUUUGAGGAAGAAAGUUGGGACAGGAAGCCUUCGAGCUGUCGUCUGAUCCUGUUGUUAGUUCAUCAUUGUUUUCUCCUUUUUUGUGUUUGAUGUUUGAAAUGUUUUGAUAUACGUUUGGAUAUUUGGUUAAUUUGUGUUCAAGUUAAAUCAUGAAAUAUUUUAAAUAAGUGGAUUGAACUGAUUCUCCACAUAAUCAUCUGUUUCAUACUUUUAUGAUAUUUUACAGCAGUUGUAUAACUGAGUGAUGGACACAGAGGGUUUUUUCCUCUUGACAUGAAAUAAAAUUUUCAUAAUGAUCA